AUCGACGUCAACUUGGAAUUCAUAGUCUUCUCUGCUGUGCUGCACUUGAUAUUAGUGCUUUAUACUGACCUGUCAGAUAUGCCCAAAACAGCUACGCUGCCCAAAUAUCAGCUACAGACAACCCUACAGAAUGAAAGGAAACUGAUCAAGGAUGGCAGGCUCAAGGAUGACAACCCCCUUGACCAAAGCCAGCCAUUUCGGGAACUUUGCGAAGCAUGUCGACGAGGCGACCUGAAAGUCUGCCAGGAGAAGAUUACUGAGGGCGUUAAUAUCAAUGCAAGAGAUUUAUUUGAUUGCACGCCACUGAUUCUUGCGAGCCUUUGCGGCCAUUAUGAAGUGGUACGACUUCUCCUUGACUCGGGGGCAUUGUGUGAGCGUGAUACUUUUCAAGGCGAAAGAUGUCUAUAUAAUGCUCUGAACGAUAGAAUACGAAAUUUGCUUCUUCAAUAUGAUUAUUCGAAAUCCACGGAUCCCUUGCAGCCGUUUGCUGCUCAUCUGGCCUCCUUGUUAUCACGAGACCACCCUCAAACUGCGGAUAUUGCAGUCACAGCAUUGGACGAAUCAUUUCGAUUACACAAAUUCAUUCUAUCUGCGCGCUCCCCGUCCUUUUCUAAUAAGUUGUCAUUUGCCCCCAUGGUAAAAUCGUGGAAACUUCCAAGCUCAAUUCCCCCUGAAGCAUUCAACGUAGGCGUAAGGUAUUUGUACCUAGGGGAAGCACCGCGGGAGCUAAGAUUCGGACCGGGAACUGACUACACCGAAGCAGAAAUUUUGGCUGGUAUCGAAAGGGUUGCCAAACACCUGCAGCUCCCGGGUCUAGUAGAGACAAUUCUUGACAGUGGAGAUAGAAGGCUGACCAGGCAACGAAGGGCAGAGGAAACUUCAAGGGGCCGUGACCAGAUGGAAUCAUGGUUUCGAGAGAAUGUCCUCCAGCAUAAACUCGUUGUCGAAACCGACAAGGCCAAUAAAGUGAAAUGGCCAAGGGACAAUGGGAUAUUUGCUGAUGUCUUACUUCGUGUGGAUGAACCCGUGGCCGAAGACAACAUGCCGCGAACAAACGAUGGUACGCACGAGCUAAAUCCCGGGAACCUCGAAGCCACGAACCGUAUUCCAGUGGGCCCAACGUCACGGCCAUCGUCUCCUACCUCGUGGCCGCCGUCGCAAAAGCCUCGCAAGUCAAUCCUCUUCCCCGUCCAUAGAGCGAUGCUGCUGCGCUCUGAUUUCUUCAAUGCGAUGUUUUCUUCCACAUUUAAAGAAGCCCAGAUAACGGAGCAUUUACAAAUAAUACCUGUGGACUGUUCACCCGAAACAUUGGAAGUUGUCCUCACCUAUUUAUAUACCGACAGAGUUGAAUUCCCAUUAUCACUGGGUGUUGAGGUGCUUUGUGCUGCAGAUUUGCUUUGUAUUGAAAGGCUUAAGUCCAAAGCAGCAGUGUUGAUUAGCUCCCUCGGUAAUGGUAACAUGAAGCAACAACAGGCAAGGAGGGAGGACGAAAAAGUCGCCAAAGAGACAGAUGCUACCCCAAAAGAGACGCAACAAGAUGACGAUGAGGAGGAAUUAGAUAUUUACGAAGUCAUUCGAGCAGGAUGGAUGUUUCGAGUUCAGCGUCUCGAGGAAUUCGCGGCCCGGUAUCUUGCUUACCGCCUCGAGUCGCACAUUGAUCUACCAGAGUUUGCAGAACUAGUUGCCGAAUCAGCGACCCGUAUCUCCCAGAGGCAGGAAACAGAUUCUAUCGAACUCGUGGAUGAUAUUCGAUUCUACCUUAGCGAGAGAUUCAGGCUGCGGUUCGAAGAUUCGGGCCUGGACGAAAUCAUGAUGGACGAAAACCCCAAAGUGACACAAGUUGGCGACGGCAGCAGCGGCGAGGCUGUCGACGGCGUCAAAGUGGAUAAUGAUAUUUCAAAUGAUAACCUGACAGCUGAUAUUCCCAAUCGUGGCUCCGAAUCGGAGCGUGACUCUGCAGAAGACGAAGCCACUGAUGUCAGCAAUCACAAAUCCCAGCCAGUAAAUGGCUUCCCUUCUAAUGGUGCAGUUUUCAGAACUCUAGAUGGACAUGUUGCAGGGGAUGAGUUUGCGAGGGACAACGCGGACUACCAAAUUUUACUGGAUAAAUUGGAUCGUCUUUUGGAGAAGCUUGGUUUGGAGGCAUAGGUCGGCUUGCCAUUAGUACCGAGAUUAUAGAUAUUAGACAAGAUCCAUCAUUCUCAAAUGCGUCAAUAUCUUGUUUAGUCUUUUUUAUUUUUAUUUUUUAUUUUUCAUUUUUUUUUUUAUUUCUGCUUCGCUGGAAGGGAAAUUUUACCUUUCAGCCAUUAUUAAAACAUAUUUCUCUGUAUUUGGCGUUGCUAUUUCGUGCAAAUAAAUGAGACUGGAUAAUUCAAUUUAUGGGUUUAUUCUUCCUCCCAUAAGAUAUGUAUACGGGCGGGUAUAUAUGUACAUGUACAUACACUAGCCACUUAUCGGCCACUAUUGAUUGCCCCGUUCUCUUCCUCUUAUGCCUGCCCAUCUUAAACUGAUUUCCUUUUUCUUUCUCAAGUACCAAUAGGCCUCAAUGAAUAUGUGGAAGAAUUGUACAGUAAAUCGCAUGCUGCAUGCAUGUACAGUAGUGUCCAAGAAGUCAGCGUACUAGGGGCUCAGCGCUGAGCAUUCUCUCAUAUACCCCUCUUCUUCCUAACAGAGGUUCAUCUAACAUAGAUAUAUAUAUAUACAUACAUAUACUGGA